GAGAACAGCUCGCUGCAUUUCGCACCCAGGAUGGCCAAGCCUACGUGGUCGACGCUUACUGCCCUCACCUCGGUGCCAACCUUGCUGCCGGUGGGCGUGUCAUGGGCAAUUGCAUCCAAUGUCCGUUUCACGGCUGGCAGUUUCGAGGAGAAGAUGGAAAAUGCACCAGCAUCCCAUAUGCUGAAAAAGUGCCAGAUUUUGCGAGGGUCCGGACCUGGCCGUCCUGCGAGGUGAACGGGAUGCUGCUGGUCUGGUACCACGGCGAAGGAGUCAGUCCGACAUGGGCAGUGCCUGAGCAGCGGGAGAUCACCACCCAAGAGUGGGUGUUCCGUGGGCAAACAGAGCACUUGGUCGACGCACACAUCCAGGAAAUCCCCGAGAACGCGGCCGACAUGGCUCACCUGGCUUUCCUCCAUGGACCAGCUAUUCUGGGCGGAUCUGAUCUGAGAUACAUGAGGUCCAAGCUGUGGGAUUUUAUGAAGCAUGUCUGGAAGGCCGAGUGGCAGCCGGAGCCAGAGCCCAACGAGCAUUGCUCCCAGCUUCUGGUUCAACACACCGCAACCGUCUUUGGGAAGCACGUCUCCUUGAUGGAUUUGAUGGUUUCAGCCAGGCAGGUGGGGCCAGGGCUGGUUUUCCUGAUCUUUGAACAUGCUUUCCUUGGCCAUGGGAUCAUCCUGCAGACAGUGACUCCCCUGGAGCCUCUCCUGCAGAAUGUUGUCCACAAAAUCUACUACCAGAAGAACAUACCGGCCAUAAUCCCCAAGUUCAUCCUGAGAGCAGAGUGCAUACAGUUUGAGCGUGAUAUAACCAUCUGGAAUAACAAACAGUAUCUGCCCAAGCCACUGCUGGUCAGAGAGGACUCCAGCAUCCAGAAGCACCGGCGCUGGUACGCCCAGUUCUACAGCGAGAGGAGCAUGAGGCUCCCGGCGCAGAAGGAGGGUCUGGACUGGUGA